CCUUCCCCACCAUUGCAGAGCGGAGCGGGGGGAGGACAACCCCCCGCCCUGCAAGCUGCCCUGCAGCGUGUGCAAUUGCAGGGCCGCUCCCCUCACCCCCUUAACCCCCCCCCCCCACCCCCCCAGCUGCACCCCGCUGCAAGGAGAGCUGCUGCAGCGAGUCAGGACAACUCCCCGCUGCAGGAGGAUUUGAGCGCUUGCAGUUUGCAUCUUUGUUGCAAAACUAAGCUCCAGAGGAGAGGCAAGGCAAAGUCUUUUGUGCUCCCCUCCCCCACCAAAGCCAAGGGGACAAUGUCUCAGGCCAGAGGCAAGAAGAGAAACCCUGGGCUGAAAAUUCCUAAAGAAGCAUUUGAGCAACCACAGACAAGCUCCACGCCACCCAGAGAUUUAGACUCCAAAGCCUGCAUCUCUAUUGGCGAGGAGAACUUUGAGGUGAAAGCUGAUGACCUGGAGCCCAUCUCCGAGCUGGGACGAGGUGCGUACGGGGUGGUGGAGAAGAUGCGGCACAUGCCCAGCGGGCAGAUCAUGGCAGUGAAGCGGAUCCGAGCCACGGUGAACAGCCAGGAGCAGAAGAGGUUAUUGAUGGAUCUGGAUAUCUCCAUGAGGACAGUAGAUUGCCCCUUCACUGUCACCUUUUAUGGGGCACUUUUCCGAGAGGGAGAUGUCUGGAUAUGUAUGGAACUGAUGGAUACCUCACUGGACAAGUUCUACAAACAUGUCAUUGACAAAGGCCUGACGAUUCCUGAGGACAUCUUAGGAAAAAUAGCUGUCUCUAUUGUCAAAGCACUAGAACAUCUGCACAGUAAACUCUCCGUGAUCCACAGAGAUGUAAAGCCCUCUAACGUGUUGAUCAAUACGCAGGGGCAGGUGAAAAUGUGCGAUUUUGGGAUUAGCGGUUACCUCGUGGACUCGGUUGCUAAAACCAUGGAUGCAGGAUGCAAACCCUACAUGGCUCCCGAAAGAAUUAACCCAGAGCUGAACCAGAAGGGGUACAGUGUCAAAUCCGAUAUCUGGAGCCUGGGAAUCACGAUGAUCGAGCUGGCCAUCCUGCGCUUUCCCUACGACUCCUGGGGGACACCCUUCCAGCAGCUGAAGCAGGUGGUGGAGGAGCCAUCACCACAGCUCCCAGCGGAGAAGUUCUCAGCAGAAUUCGUCGAUUUUACCUCUCAGUGCUUGAAGAAGAAUUCCAAAGAGCGGCCAACAUACCCAGAGCUUAUGCAACAUCCUUUCUUCACCCUGCACGAAUCCAAAGAGACAGACGUCGCCUCUUUUGUCAAACUCAUCCUGGGAGACUGAGGAACUGGACUUGUAAAUGAAAUUGCCCUUCUGUGGACUUGGUGGGUGCAGGGGAGGGGUGCGUGUGCGGGACUUGUCGCGAGAGCGCCAACGGAGAGCCGCUGUGUUCUGUUCUGCUUUGGUUUGGGGUUUUUGUUUUGUUCCCAUUUCUUUUUGGUUUGGUUUUGUUGGUGUUUUUUUGGUUUUGUUUUGUUUCGUUUUUCCUUUGGUUUGUUUGUGGUUUUUGUUUUGUUUUGUUUUGUUUUGUUUUUAUUCUGAGAAACCUCCUCCCUCCCCUCCCCGCCAGCCUCACCCAAGUGUUUGAAAGGGUUCUUUGGGUAUCCAUAGUGACAUAGAACGAGCUGGUGAGUGAAAUGAAUUUUAAUAAGGUUGCUAACCUUAAAACACAGCCCCUCCACCCAAAAAAAACCAAAACCCACCACAAAAACAACCCAAAAACCUAAAACAAAAAAAAAAAAGAGAAAAAAAAGAAGUUGAAAAGAGUGAUUUACCUAUUUAAUGACAGUCCAAGUCCCUCCUCCUCCUCCUCCUAACUUUCUCCUCAGCCCUCACUGUCCCUUCCCCCUGACCCAGACUUUGCUUUGUCAUGGUAAUAGGUGCUAUGGUAGUCAUGAAGCUGUAUGUAGAUUUAUAUUUUGUCCCUUCCAUUAUUUUAAUAUUUAUGUUAAGUGCUCAAUGGAAAUAGAUUCCUGGUUUGUGUGAGGAUGAGUGCGUGGUGACGAUGAGGGUGAUGCUAAAGGUGGCCCCGCAGCGAGCGGUAGUUGUAGGGCUGGGCUGGGGGAAGGGUGUCCAAAGGAAAGGAAGAAAGAAGAGAGGAGUCUGUCCUGUGUUGUGGGAAGUGUUUAAAAGGGUUUCUAACCAAGGAUCUCAGCUGCUUUUGCAGCAUCACUGUAAGGAGGGCAGGAGGCCUCAGUGUCCCUUGAGGUCUCCUCUUCUGGGGACGCUGCGCUCUGAUCCCGGCUGGCGUGUCCCGGCCAGCCUGGGGAGCACUGCCAGCCUCCUGCCAGGGAAUGUCCUUGCCCUGCGUCCCACCCAUUCACUCUGCUCUCUCAGGCAGGUGCUGAGGUCUGGAGCGGGAGGACAUUGCUAGGAUAGUGCCUGGGACAAAAGCCCCUGAAGAAAGUAGGUGGCCAGAUAAGUUGCACAAAGAUCAGGAGGAGGCUGCAGUCGUCGGUCCCCACCUCCCCGUGGGCCCAGCAGCAUUGCAGUGCCUGAGGAUGCCUUGGGCUGGGGAUGAGCUGCUCUGGGCCUAGAAGGAAUUCCUCUCCUUCUCCAGAUAGAAAAGGGUAACAGUACACAUAGCAUGACAUCUGCAAAGGGGCUAUGUCAGCCUGAGUUUCCAGGGCCCUGCAGCGGCAGCGAUCCCUCUGCGCCUGCCCACAGGCUUUGGGAGUGCUAGCGAGCAGCCUGGAGCCUGCCGGCCUGGGCUCUGGGACUUGUCCAGCUCUGCUUGGGAUGCUGAAGGCAGCCAGGAGCUCCCGUGUGGGCUGCAGGUGUCUCCUGUGAGAGCUGCAGCCUGGGAAACCACGCGGGGAAACCACAGCUCUCCCCUAGCAGGAGCUCGUUGCCGCUGGCCAGGGCCUCAGAGAAAGGUUGUUAGCCAAGGGCAGAGGUGUGGGGGCUGCUGGGGUGGGAAGGGGAGACAGCAGAUCACACUGCUUUGAGGUAACGCAGUUACUGUCCAGAGGAAAGGGGAGGCCGUGCUGGGUCUGGGGCGAGAUCUCUGGCUCUGGGUUGAUGCUGGGUUGACUGAGCCAAGCCUGCACAGCUGCCUCGCUUGGCUAUGAGGCUCUUUGCCUUUGCCCAUGGCUCCUUCUCCUGGCCUUGUGCAGGAGAGUGCCUGUGCGUGCAGCACUUACGCCUCAUGCUCCUCCGCAGGCUUCCCUUCCCCAUCCGCCGCUUUGGUGCAAUCUCUCAGUCACAUCCCAAGUGCUUGCCUUGCUGUGUGGUAUUUCAGUCAGCCUGGGAUCCAGCCCAGCCCUUUCUCUCCCAGUUUCAUGGCUGCAGUCUCUGUGGGUGUGGGUUGGGCUUCUGGACU